CGGUGCGGACGGAGAGUCUCGAUCCCAUUUUUCACCCGGCCCUGCCGCCAUGGGGGAGCAGUCGCAGCGCAUCAGCCCCGUGAAGAACUUCUUCGCUGGCGGCUUUGGGGGUGUCUGCCUGGUGUUCGUGGGGCACCCACUGGACACCAUCAAGGUCAGACUGCAGACCCAGCCUAAGCCACAGCCUGGUCAGGCUCCACUUUAUUCUGGGACCUUUGACUGCUUCAGAAAGACUCUUGUUAAAGAGGGAGUCCGAGGCUUAUACAGAGGAAUGGCAGCUCCUAUUAUCGGAGUGACACCCAUGUAUGCUAUAUGCUUCUUUGGGUUUGGCUUGGGAAAAAGGCUCCAACAGAGAAAACCUGAUGACGUUUUGACGUACCCACAGCUGUUUGCUGCUGGCAUGUUGUCAGGAGUGUUCACAACAGUAAUCAUGGCUCCAGGAGAGAGAAUCAAGUGCCUUUUACAGAUCCAGGCAGCUACAGGUGAAAACAAAUACAGUGGCUCUUUGGACUGUGCAAAACAGCUGUACCGUGAGGCUGGGAUUCGUGGUGUGUACAAGGGGACAGUGCUCACCCUCAUGAGAGACGUUCCAGCCAGCGGAAUGUACUUCAUGACGUAUGAAUGGCUGAAGAACAUUCUGACCCCUGAGGGAAAGAGUGUGCGUGACCUCAGUGCGCCUAGGAUCCUCUUUGCUGGGGGCCUGGCUGGGAUCUUCAACUGGAUGGUUGCCAUUCCACCAGAUGUGCUAAAAUCCCGUUUCCAGACUGCUCCUCCAGGAAAAUACCCAAAUGGCUUCAGAGAUGUGCUAAGAGAGCUCAUCAGAGAGGAAGGAAUUGCAUCUCUCUAUAAGGGCUUCACAGCUGUAAUGAUCAGGGCAUUUCCUGCUAAUGCGGCAUGUUUUCUUGGUUUUGAAGUUGCUAUGAAGUUCCUUAACUGGAUUGCACCAGGUGUAUGAAGACUUAGGAAGUCUUUGGAAAUUAGAGAGUAGAAGGAAGACACUGCAAGGCUGCCUCAAAGGAAUAAAUGAAUGAUCACUUGAAGUUUCAGAAAUGAUCACUUGCCUGAUACAAUGCCUUUUUGCCUUCUUCACAUUCUUUAGGUGGUGCUAUGUGCCAAUCAGAGAUGUAAGCCUUAGCUCUGAAACAGAGCUGAUGAGGGAUUAGAGGUGAUCCACACCUGUCUUCUGAGCCAGUGUACCACAGCAGUAAUUCUGCUAACAGACAGCUGACAC